CGCCCACAAGAAAACAUGGCGUCGAGAAUACUGCGGCUCCCACUGCUCAGGAUUUUCACCCAAAACCCGGGCACGCUGACCCGAAACGGCGUGAAAACCACAAACAUAUCGAGGGGAACUCAAAGCCGAACCGUAGUGUCAACAUCCUCGGGAGGUAUUCUUCCAAAACCGGAAAAGACUCCCUUCGGCCUGAUCCGGAUGACGGUGGUGGUGGUGCCUUUCCUGUACGUGGGGACGCUCAUAAGCAAGAACUUUGCUGCUCUGCUGGAAGAGCACGACAUCUUUGUCCCUGAAGAUGACGAUGAUGAUGACUGAACCUGGGCAGCAGAUGGUCCUUUUGCAUUAUUGACUGAAACCAGCCUACACAAUGCAGGACAGGACAUAAACUGCACCCCCCCUACCUCCAGUCAUCUGCCCCUUUGCUCUACUGCAACUUACUUUAAAUUAAUGACAAUGCAACAUAUCAUUAUAGUUCAUCAGAUGGUGUUUGAAUAUCGAUGAAAUGCUCUUUAUAUGAUUAUGUGGUUUGCAUGUUUUUGCCUCUUGCCAACUCAAAGCAAUAAAUGAGUU